AUGCCGCGCCACCAGCGAGAUGAUGACGAAGAACGACCUCUCCUACUACGUCCUGACAGAGAAACAGCAACAGAAACAGAAGAAGACGUCGCCAGCCAAUACAGCGCCCUCAGCGAACACCGUGAAGGGGAAGGUGAAGACACCUCCGACUCUGACACCACCAACACAAUCCGCCGCAUCGGCUUCGGCACCGACGACCAAGAAAACCCCAAAGCCUGGCCCCCCGGCCAGAAACUCAGCAACGUGGCCAUCAUCGCACUGAUGGCCAUCCUCAGCCCGCUGGCCAGCUCCAUGUUCACGCCAGGCAUCUCGCAGAUCGCCGAGGACCUGGACACCAAUGAGCAGAAAGUCAUCGCCACCACCACCGGGUUUGUCAUCAUGUUGGGCUUUGGGCCGUUGGUGCUGGCGCCUCUGUCGGAGACGUUUGGGCGGCGGGCGCUGUAUGUGUGGUGUUUCUCCGCGUUUACCAUCUUGCAGGUCGGCGCGGCGUUGAGCCCGAAUAUCGGGGCGUUGAUUGCGGUGAGGGCGGUCAGUGGGUUUUUUGGAAGUGUCGGGCUGGCUAAUGGAGGCGGAACCAUUUCUGAUAUGUAUGAGCCGUCGCAGAGGGCUGGGAUCUUUGGAUGGUAUCUGCUCGGACCGCUGCUGGGACCGACGCUGGGUCCUCUGUUUGGAGGUGUGAUUGUGAGUCGGUUGGGCUGGAGAUGGAUAUACUGGAUUCUUACAAUUGUCUGCGCAAUCAACACCGCGAUAGGAUACUUCUCGCUGCGAGAAACCUAUGCACCAGUCCUUCUCGGCCGGCGCAAAGCCAAACUUCAGAACGAGGCUGGCGAAAACACCAAGAUCCACUUCGACGGGGAAGACGAGCGACCGGUAUGGAUGAAGCUGAAGGCGAGCAUGAAACGGCCCUUCGUCAUCUUCGUGCAGCCCAUUGUCUUGAUCAUGAGUUCCUACCAGGCCCUGAUCUUCGGGACCACAUACAGCAUCUACACCAACAUGCAGAGUAUAUAUUCCGAAGCCCCGUACCACUUCAACUCGGAACAGAUCGGCCUCUUGUACCUGGGGCCAGGUCUAGGGUUCUUGACCUCGGUCUGGUUCUUGGUGCCUCGCAUCGACACCGUGUUCAACAGACUGACAAGGAAGAAUGGUGGACAGUCGUUGCCUGAGUUUCGCCUACCGCUCGCCAACGUGGGCAGCGUCUUGAUCCCUGCUAGUCUGCUCUGGUUUGCUUGGACGGUGCAGUACCGAGUCCAUUGGCUGGCUAGCAUCGCCGCGACGUACUUUUACGGCGUGGGACAGGUUGUUGUUUUCAAUUCGGUCCAAAACUACUACAUCGAUGCCUUCUCGCAGUAUGCUGCCUCGGCCAUUGCAGGGGGUUCUGUUUUUAGGAGCUUGGUUGGGGGCCUGGUUCCGUUAUUUGCACCCAAACUGUUUGAGCAAAUCGGGUACGGCUGGGGAAUCAGCUGCUUUGGAUUCGUGGCCGUUCUCAUCGCGCCGAGUCCUGUCUUGUUCUAUUACUUCGGAGCCCGCAUCCGUGAGAGAUUCCAGUUGAAGUUCUAG